AUGAAUAGUUUAUACGCAACAAUGCUUAUGCCAAUGGGUUCAGUUACAUACCAUCUACUAUUCAUGAUCAAUUCUUCUUUAUUUAACAUCCUGGAUUUUCAUCACUUAACAUAUAUUCAAUUAUUUUUCUUUUUCGGGUGUGGUCAAAAAGGUUUUUUGAACAUUUUUUUAGUUGUUGUUGUUUGUUUAACAGGAUAUUUUUUUGAAGGAAAGAAUCCUUUAUAUAUAUAUAUAUAUAUAUAUUUAUUAUUAUUAUUAUUAUUAAACAUAGACAGCCUCCUUUUAAAUAUCUAUAAAAAUAUUUAA